GGAAAUUAAGUGAAUUCAUGAUCCGGCUAUACCUGCUAGUCGAUUAUGUCCGAACCAAAAUUAAUGGGAUCAUGGUAACUAACAGAAGAUAAAAAAAUAUCACUGCCUUACUGAUAAAAAGCCAGUAACCAAAAAACCAACUCAAGGACAUCACUUUAACGCAGUGUGUUUUACUACAAAGAUCUACUGAACUCCUUCAUUAGGAAUUUAAGCGCGUCGGUCGAAGAGUUCUUUCAGUUACUAAUUCUAUAGGUUCCGUCCACUAAAAAAAUGUCUGGAUCUCGCAAAUUUUUUGUUGGAGGGAACUGGAAAAUGAACGGAAGCAGAGAAGAUAACGAAAAGUUACUUAAAUUGCUCUCAGAAGCUCAUUUUGGUGACAACACAGAAGUUUUAAUUGCUCCACCAUCCCUAUUUUUGCACGACGUUCGAAAAAUUUUGAAGAAGGAAAUACAUGUUGCUGCUCAAAAUUGUUAUAAAGUAUCAAAGGGUGCAUUUACUGGAGAAAUCAGCCCUGCAAUGAUAAAAGAUAUUGGUUGUGAAUGGGUAAUACUUGGUCAUUCUGAGCGUAGGAGCAUUUUUGGUGAAUCUGACGAACUUAUUGCUGAAAAAGUUCAACAUGCACUUGCUGAAGGUUUAAGCGUUAUUGCAUGUAUUGGUGAAACAUUAUCAGAGCGUGAAUCUAAUAAAACGGAAGAAGUGUGCGUUAGACAGUUAAAAGCUAUCGCAAAUAAGAUUAAAUCAGCUGAUGAAUGGAAACGAGUAGUUGUAGCAUAUGAACCAGUUUGGGCUAUUGGAACAGGUAAAGUUGCUACACCACAGCAAGCUCAAGAGGUUCAUAAUUUCCUUCGUAAAUGGUUUAAAACAAACGCACCAAGUGGAGUUGAUGAAAAAAUACGUAUUAUCUAUGGUGAUAAUCAAAACUUAAAUAUUGUGAAUAAUUCCCAUUAACAAGCCUAAAAGUUAUGACUAACAGUUGCUAACUGAUAAUUUCUAGAUAAAUACAAAUACAAAGCAUAAGUUUCAUAGUAGGGAAUUUUCUUCUCAAAAAAAGAAAAGAAAGAAUAUUGAUGACAGUUUUCAAAGUUUAUUACUUUUAUCUACCAUUAUGAUAUUUAUCAAUAAUUAUGUCAUAUUUCUUUUGAAUGAUGUAACACUAUUGAUUAAUAAAAGAAACAAAUGAAAUUUACAUUCUAUUAAUUAAAGGAUUUUUAAUGAUAAUUUAAUUAAAUUGAAUUAAAUAUAAAAUAAAUUCAAACAAUUUUUUACAUUAUUAUUUUAGCCUCUAUAUUUUAUAACUCCGCCUGUAGCUCUUCUAGAGUUACUGCCGCUCCCAAGCCCGGGUAAAGGAGGAGGGUUGGGCAUGGGGUUAGCGUUCCCAUCCCGUAGAAAACUAACUCGCUAAAAAACGCUAACCAGAAAACUCUCUAUAUUUUAAAAUGCAAUUCAAAGCCUUUAGAAGAAGUUUAGUAAUAAUAAUAAUAACAAUAAUAAUAUGUCACUGCAAAGUAAACAUCUGAACAAAUAAAAGAAAAUUUCGUAGUAUUAUAUAAGGAAAGAGUAUAAUCUAUAGUUUAUAUUAAAUAUAUUUCAUUUGAUUUAUUGGUGAUUAUAAUCACUAUUGUAUAUAAAGCGUUUAUUUCAGGACAAUUUCAAUCCUUAAUUUUUAAUUAAUUAUUUGUUUAUUUUAACAUAUAGAUAUUGGUACAAGGAGGCACCAAACAGAUAUGCGCCACAUAGAUCUCAUUUGAUAUAUGUGAGAGCUGUGAUACUGUCCGGGUGCCCAAACCGAAGCAGGUGGUUUUCUUAGAGGGCCACACCUCGAGCCUUCAACCUGAAGGUCUGAUCCACGAGCCAAUGGAGCAUCGUAAUAAGAUGCAGUCUCAUGUUAGUCGGUGACUAAUAAUUGGUUCAUACGCCAUUUGUUCCCUCAGGUUACUGGAGCCCAUGUUCACCAUUAGUUUUGAAUCAGGGUUUUCCAACUCCCCUAGAUGGACUGUUCGUGUCCACCAACCCGGUUAAAGCAUCGGACAUUCGCUUUUUGUCCUCCCAAUUUCGUGGACAAAACCCCUACCACGAGAAGGCAAUGAGUAGGACUUUCCUGGCAGAGGCUAUAUACACGUGGUCAUGUGAAAGCAUUUGGAGAGGUAGAGCGAACUUUCCUCACUCUCGGCCGCACCAGGGCAUUUGCGGGCUUGUUUUAAAUUAUUAUUGUGUUGAUAUUUAAGAGUGAAAUUUCAUUAUUCUUUCUUUGGUAUUUGUGCAUUUCUUUUUUGUGAAUUGUUCCAAUAUAACUAUUUCAUAGAAUAGAUAUUUUGUGGUUAGCACUAUAAUUCAAAAUGAAUCUAUUAUCCUAUAUGAAAUUUAUCAGUUACAUGUAUUUGCACCUUAUUGUUAAUAUUUACAUUGAGACUCAAAUUCAUUAUCUUUUGAUUUAUAUAUUUGUACAUUAUCCACUAAGCUAAUGAAUCUAGACAACCAAUUACAUUUUUUACGGGAUAUGAUGACUCUAUAACUGGAAAAAAAGUGUCUGAACUAUUUCAUUGUUGACAUUCAUCAUUGGAUUUGAAUUCUUCUUGCUGGAAUAUAUACCUAUUGUGUUGUAUACUGACGCUAUAUGUACAUCGUUUACAAUAGAUGGAUUGUCACUAGUAGUAAAAUUGACGAUACAUUUUAUAUUAUUUUAGACUAAUCAGCUGGAUGUAACUUAAAUACUUCACUCCUAAUGAUAGACAGAUCUUCUCAUAGAACAAGUCAGUGGCUCUCUGAACUCAGUAGCUCAGUGAAUAUUGCAUUAUCUUUUAACGUGAAUGGCACUGGGUUUGAUUCCCAACAUGGAUAUUAAAACCAAAAAGCAGGUGAAUGCAACUAGAGAGUCUCAAACAGUAUAAUAGAUAUGUCUUGAAAUCCCUCGCUGUCUAUAGUCCAACUAUUCAGUUAUUAAUCCUUAGAAAUGCAGUAUUAAUUUUGAAUGUUAACGUCAAUAUCUAUGCUCUGUAUUAAAAAACGUAUUUUUUUCUUUCUCCUUUUAUUUACUACACGCAAAGGAUCUGUAACUGCUGCCAAUUGU